CCUCUGGCGACUCGACUCCAGCCAGCGGCCAACUCAACCUCGAACCCGAUCACCAACUCCUUCACCGACUCCAAUUGCUCCGUCGCUGCCUCCCGCGAAGCCUCGCCCGACCUGUACACAUUACAAACACAAUGGCCACUUCGAUUCGAUCCAUCCGCGCCCUCGCGCCCCUCCUGGACCGCGUGCUGGUCCAGCGCAUCAAGGCCGAGGCCAAGACGGCCAGCGGCAUCUUCCUGCCCGAGUCGAGCGUCGAGAAGCUCAACGAGGCGAAGGUCCUGGCCGUCGGGCCCGGCGCGCUCGACAAGAAGGGCAACCGCCUGCCCAUGGGCGUCGCCGUUGGCGACCGGGUGCUGAUCCCCCAGUUUGGCGGCUCGCCCGUUAAGGCUGGUGAGGAAGAGUACCAGCUGUUCCGUGACAGCGAGAUCCUGGCCAAGAUCAACGAGUAAAAAAGAUACCCACCGCGGACCCGAACAAGAAGCAAAACGAGCAGGGCGGCGCCGACCACCGGACAAAGGAAGCUGUACUAUACUGUACCAUACGGCAAGACGUCGCGAUCGAGAAUAUGGGGAUCGAAAAACUUUUGGAGAUGGCAUCUCUUGCACCGUCUGGGGGCGGGCAUCUAAUGUAGCAAAAGGGCUUGUGCACGCAGCGGAGGAGGGGCGAAACGUUGCCAAGUGUACAAGAUGUUAGUUCUCAGGACCGCGCAGACUCCAUGUUGAAUCUCCACUCCAUCGUUGACUGGUAC